UGACCCAAGCCCCCCGGGGGAGCCCGCCCCCACAGGCCCCUCGCAGGGCCCUCAACCCUAUUGGGAUUCUCCCUAUCCGGUCUGUGCCCUGUCGACCUUCCGUCAGCUCCUCCCCAAAGGCCCUGCUGACCCCGCCUCCAGACGCGGGCCCUGCCACCUCUGUGACCCUGACACCCCGGGAUACCCCAUCCCCCACUGCUGCGACCCCAGCCCAGUAGGCCCUUGUGCCUACCUCCUCCUCGGCUCCAGUGUUUUGAGCCCACUGCCUGCACGGUGCCGGUGAACUACCCAGCAUCUCAUCCCUUCUCUUCUAGCCCAGCGGGGGUGGGGCAGGGGGAGGAGAGGGGAAGGAGGGAGAGGCCAGGGGCCCAGGUGACCACAAACCCAUCCUGUCGCUCUUAAGCCUGUCGUGAAAAUGACCCUUCCUUACCCACCAGAACAUGCCCGGGUGACUUCCUCCCGGACCUUCCUUGUGGCCUUCCUCACCCUCCCCCGUGACACUAUGCAACCCCAGCGUGACCUGCGAGGCCUCUGGCUCCUGCUGCUGUCCUUGUACCUGCUCCUCUUUGAGGUGGCCAGAGCUGGCCGGCCCGUGGUUAGCUGUCCUGCCGCCUGCCUGUGCGCCAGCAACAUCCUCAGCUGCUCCAAGCAGCAGCUGCCCAGCGUGCCCCACUCGUUGCCCAGCUACACGGCGCUGCUGGACCUCAGCCACAACAACCUGAGCCGCCUGCGGGCUGAGUGGACCCCCACACGCCUGACCCACCUGCACUCCCUGCUGCUGAGCCACAACCACCUGAACUUCAUCUCUUCUGAGGCCUUUUCCCCGGUGCCCAACCUGCGCUACCUGGACCUCUCCUCCAACCAGCUGCGUACGCUGGACGAGUUCCUGUUCAGUGAACUGCAGGCGCUGGAGGUGCUGCUGCUCUACAAUAACCACAUCAUGGCAGUGGACCGCUGCGCCUUCGACGACAUGGCCCAGCUGCAGAAACUCUACCUGAGCCAGAACCAGAUCUCCCGCUUCCCUCUGGAACUGGUCAAGGAAGGCGCCAAGCUACCCAAACUCACGCUCCUGGAUCUCUCCUCCAACAAGCUCAAGAACUUACCGUUGCUCGACCUGCAGAAGCUGCCCGCCUGGAUCAAGAACGGGCUCUACCUACACAACAACCCCCUGCACUGCGACUGUGAGCUCUACCAGCUCUUUUCCCACUGGCAGUACCGGCAGCUGAGCUCCGUGAUGGACUUCCAGGAGGACCUGUACUGCAUGAGCGCCAAGAAGCUGCACAAUGUCUUCAAUCUGAGUUUCCUCAAUUGCAGCGAGUACAAGGAGCGUGCCUGGGAGGCCCACCUGGGGGACACCUUGACCAUCAAGUGUGACACCAAGCAGCAGGGGAUGACCAAGGUGUGGGUGACGCCGAGCAACGAGCGGGUGCUAGAGGAGGGGGCCAACAGCACGGUGACAGUGUCCAAGGACGACGGCAGUCUUCACUUCCAGCGGGUGCAGGUCGAGGACGGGGGCGUGUACACCUGCUAUGCCAUGGGGGAGGCUUUCAACGAGACACUGUCUGUGGAGUUGAAAGUGUACAAUUUCACCUCGCACGGACACCACGACACCCUCAACACAGCCUAUACCACCCUCGUGGGCUGCAUCCUCAGCGUGGUCCUGGUCCUCAUCUACCUGUACCUCACCCCUUGCCGCUGCUGGUGCCGGGGUGUCGAGAAGCCGUCCAGCCAUCAAGGAGACAGCCUCAGCUCUUCCAUGCUUAGCACCACACCCAACCACGAUCCUAUGGCUGGCGGGGACAAGGAUGAUGGCUUUGACCGGCGGGUGGCCUUCCUGGACCCUGCCGGAUCCGGGCAAAAUGGCAAGCUCAAGCCAGGCAACACCCUGCCGGUGCCCGAGGUGACCGGCAAGGGCCAGCGGCGGAUGUCGGAUCCGGAGUCGGUCAGCUCGGUCUUCUCUGAUACGCCCAUUGUGGUGUGAGCAGGAUGGGUGGGUGGGGAGAUUCUGCCCCAGGAGAGGUAAUGCACCCCUGAAGGAUGUGAGGGGAUGGAAGAGAGGGCUGGCUGCCCAAGGGAGGGGGACCCCCCCCCCACCGACCUCAAGGGAAUUGGUCACGGGUACGACAGCAGGCAAGACCCCAAGCAGGGGGUGGCUGCCAGGUUUUCAAAUAUGGAUAUGCUAAUCCUCAGGCAACUGUGACAGCCCUACCCAGAGCCCUGACAGUUCUCAGUGGGGUGGAGGAAGAGGAAGGAGGAAGGGGUGGGAGAAAGAGCAGAUUCCCUAAACUUUUUUGAGGUCAGCCCUAGCUCCUUCAGAGAAAAUCAUCUGGGAAAAAAAAAAAUCAUUUUUUUCUAUCUCUGCCCACCCACAGCUGUGAUGUUGUGUGUGCUGGGAGGAGCGGCCACGGGAGCCACACUGGGGAAAAGCUGCAUUAUCUUCUUUGGCCAGGAAGUCACACUUCACAGCUGGGGAAAUCGGAAACCUCUGGGAAAAUGAGUCAGGAAAAGGCUGAGACCUCGAUCAGUAACUCUCCCCAAAGCUGUUGUGAGACUUCCCACCAAUGCCUUCCUCUUUCCCGAUGAGCCCUGGGUGGAUGGGCCUUUGCGGGAGCCUGGCCUGUUGCCUGACAGGUAUGGCAGCCGUGUCCCAUGUGGUAUCUGUGCCUUGUGCUGGGACCAGUGGCACAGAGAGAUUCAGCAUGACCCAAGGGGCCAUGUCACAGCAUAGAGGCCAGCACAGAACUUGUAGGUGGGGGACCAACUCCACAUUGGCGAAUUCCUGGUGGGUGAAACCCUUGGGUAGCUUUACUCCUGACACCUGUGUGUCGGACCAGGGUGGGGGGGUUGCUGAAAGCAGAGCCUCUAGACUGCCUGCCACAGACGUGGGAUGGGGAACGAAGAGGAGGAGGAGGGUAAAUCAGCCUCCAUUAUGUAGCUUCCAGCGGGACCCACCUGAUUUUCUGUGUAUGCCAUCACUUCCUUUGGUCUCUUGAGCAAGCUCAGGUGGGAUUCUGAGUUUUCCCUAAUAUGCUGCUCUGCAGAGCAGAAAGUCCUGGAAAGUCUGGCCCCAGCUGGGUUGGACUGGGCUCAGGGAUGCAGGGGCCCGGGGAUGUAUCUUUACAUUGACAAAGCCACCUUGCUCCUCCCUUCGAGAUCUCACCCCUGACGCAAAGCCAUAGCUUGGGAUCUCACCAUCCUAGGAGUUGGAAUUGGGUGGUUCUCUGCCCCAGAAGAAUGGCAGUUUGGAGGAUGGCUUAGAGUGGUGCCCUGUCCACAAGUUUCCAGGCAGUCCUGUAACAGACAGUCAGUGGCACUAAACUUUCGGGAGACCUUCUCAGCCAGAGGUCUGUGUGGUUGUGGUGGUUAGACCGGAGCAGCCUAAGAACAGGCCCAACAUUCCAUUCCGCCCGAGGUUGCAGAGUACUUGGGGAUAGAGACGAAGGCUCCCUUUGACCGACUUCUCCCUUUGACUCUCCCGCGGGCCCUGGGAGAUGGCUGCUCUGAGCUUUGGCAAGGGGGUGAGCAGAGCAAAAGUGAAAAUGUUCUCUGACAUCGGUCUUUUUAAGUGCCCCCUCUGCCACCGCCAAGUCCCCUGUCCACUGGAAGUUCUCCAGAUCUUCUAGUUUUCUAGUCUGCUCUUUUAGGUUCCAAGAAGUGUCCUUGGAAGGCUGUUCGCCAGGAGGGCCUAGCUCCCGCUGCCUGUUCAGAUUCGGGGAGGGGACUGGAACGCAACAUCUUCCCCUUGUCUGUUCCUGGGAUGUCAAGACUGCUGUGCAUCUUUUAUGAGUAACCUAGUUCUGUCAGGAGAGCUGCAGCAUUUCACUCAAGUACUUGCAUGCUCGUAGGGAUGCAUGCUUAUAGGUCUGCAUGCACCCCAGCACCCCGACUUCCAUCAGGACAGGGAUUCUCCAGUCCCCCUAAUGUCUGCGUCCAGAGCGAUUUCCACCCAUGUGCUUCACGCACACAGUUUUCGUGCCCUGUAGGAGAGACAGUGACCAUGCCAGGCUCUGCAAAUACAGACUCUUGUAUUCCUGAUUUCUGAAUUACCUGAAGCUACACCCGCAUCUCCAUGGCACGGAAUCACUUCUCCACAAAGGCUGCAGUUAGGAGAGGCACAGGUUGCAGAGCUCGGGAGAAGGGGUGCUGAGGAGCUAGCUAGUUCUUCAGACUCGCCAGCAACCUUCCUUGGAUUUGAGAUGCUGUACAUGAGAGGAAGAUGUAGAAGUAGGUCAGCGAUGGACCCAGGGCAACACCGGGCAGGGGACGGAGCAUCUUUUAAGUUGCUCUUCCUAUGUUAACUGCCCUGGUUAGACGGGAGCAGGAGGAAAGAGUUGUCUGGUCAUAUUCCUGAGAGUUCUGAAGAUUCUGAUACUGGAGCUAUAGGAACCAUGACUCCCUCCUCAGACCAUCAGGGAACCAGGGAAAGUCUUAGCUCCAGGUUGCAGCUUCCCCCGCCCUGGGCACCAUCGAGGGCUCCGAAAAUCUUUGCAGUAAAUGUCAAAUGCAGACGGUCUUCUGGAGCAUUCUAGCGGAGUUGCCGAGGACUAGGAAGGCCAUCUCCUUCAUAAGUCCUACCUGGUUUAGGGCAUAAUAGAAGGCCCUGAGGCUCUAAGUCUCCCUACUGUAUCCAGUAUGUUGGCUAGUAUCUGCCAGUUUGAGAGACUGGUAGCUGUGCCUGGCUGCCCCACCAAGAAAUUGAGCUGACUAGCCUCUUCCCUUGGUUUUAGGUGAUAGAACCCAAAGGUAGCUUUGUCCUUGGGGGAUUGGGUACUCAGCAUACGUAAGCUCACUAGAACCCUGUGUGGGGAACUGCCAAGUCUGCUUAUAAUUAAAGGUCGAGAGAUCACCCCCACCGCCAUAAACCAGACCUGUCUCCCAGGAAACAGGUGUCCCUGGAGACGAGGAUGCCAGGGCUCUACAGUUUGUCUCUGUGAUUAUUUGUGGUUGUUUUUUUUUUUUUCUUUGCCUAUAUUUAGGGGGCUCCUAGGAAGGAGCCAGGAGAGCUGGGGAGAGUAAAGCCCGCUGAUUCCAAUUUUCUCUGUGUUUUUGGUACUUCCUUGGAGCCCUGCUGGCGAAGCAGCAGGGCUCCCUGUGUCCAGGACCUUAGCCCUCCUCCCACUUGUGUACUCCCGGGCUGGCAAACCUUGGAGCCUCUGGGCUCUGAAAACUAGACAUUGAUCAUUAAACCUGGCUUGAGUCUCCGUUCCGGCAGAGUCUGUGGCUGGUUUAUUUCUCUUUUCAGCCUAUGGGUGGGGGUCACUGUACCUCACCAGGGUGGUGGCCUGUCUCGGGAGAGAAAAAGUUAAAUGCUGUUCUAAGGCACAGGUAGCCUCCAUAUCUAGGCAAUAAGAUGGAGCAGGGGUCAGCCAGCUUCUCCUGCAAAGAGCCAGACAGGAAGCUGGGUAGUCUUUGCAGCCCACAGAGUCUCAGUGACAGUGCCUCGGUGGUGCCGUUGAAGCAGGAAGGCAGCCACAGACAGUACACAAAUGAAUGGCUGUGGCUCUGUUCCAAUAAAACUUUAUUUAUGGAUGUUGAAAUUGAUUUUCAUGUCAUUGUAACAUGUAUUUUGCGUUUUUUCAGCCAUGUGAAAAUGCAAAACCUCUCAUUAGCCCACAGCCCAUACAGAACCAGGCAGCAGGUUGUUUGGGGCCAGCAGACCAUCGUUUGCCAACCCCAUAGAUAUUCUCAGAAGAAAUGCCAUUGAUGCAUUAGCAGGAGAGAAUUCAGAAAUUCCAUGACUUGUGGCUAAUAGCCCGUAGAUAACAAAGGCUUUCUGGAUCCCUGGGGAGCAGGGUUGCCUCCCUGCAGAGUGCUCUUAAAAGUCUGGAUGGCGCCUACUGACUGUACCGCGGAAAAAUGCUCGGACUGGAUUAAAAGAAAUAAUGGGGAGCAGCUCACUCUCAUGGUAUUUUGAUUGCUGCCAGUAUAUGUUCAUAAGUGGUAACCAUCUUCGUUUAGCUUAAAGUAUAUUCGUCGACAGUGUCGUGUGUCCUGGGCGUUGCAUAGAACAGAGACGUGCAGUCCCCACUUUCUUGGUACAGAGACAGCCGUUGGACUGGAUUCUCCUAAACUCUGAACAUGCCACUUCUUUGGCUACGCUCAGUACUUCUGGAAGCGAACCGUCACGGUAGAUUCCAAAAGGCGAGAGGAAAUGGUCGAAGGAAAAGAGAAAUUAAAAGAGACGUUCUCCUGUGGCGAAGCAGGUUAAGGAUCCCGUGUCGUCACUGCAGCGGCUUGGGUUGUUGCUGUGGUGCAGGGUUGAUCCCUGGUCUGGGAACUCCCACAUGCCACAGGAGCAGCUGGACAAAAAUGGGGGGGGUUAAUCUGACUUUUGAGUAAUUACCUAAUUUUUUGCAUUGGUAAAAUCUUGACCGCAGGGCGGCUCGCCUCCGUCUGGAGCGUUGUCUUUUUCUCUUCAGGAGGAACAACCAAAGGGGCGAGGGACGGAGGCACCUCGCAGGCAGCCGCAGCAGACAGAUCAACCUUGGCAGUCCGCGCAAUGACAGAUGUUGACGCCAGAGCAACCCCAGAGUCUACGUUUAUCUAGUAUUUUUUAAUCUCUUCGGAGCAGUCUUUGCUAUGGUUGAGUUUAGCCAAGAGAUGAGAUGGGAGAGAGAACAGAUCUGAGCAAGACCCCUGAAGAGCUCUCCCCUCUCUCUGGGCCCGUGCCAAGCCCUUUCUCUGAGCCUGUAAAGUUCUGAGACCCCUUUCUCCGUCAUCCCAAGGUGUCCAAGGCUGCAUCUCUUCACCCCUCCCUUCCCCACCCCACCCGCCAAAGAAGUGCCCUAGGUUCUGGCCAAGAUGUGCAAUUUUGUCUGCCCUGUCUUGCAGCUCUUCCCCCGGCUUCUCUUCGCUGGCACUGCAGGAGCAUGAAAGAGGUCACUAUAACGGUUGCCUUUGAGGGUUCAGUGGAUUGGCCAGUCUAGGCUCUCUUCCACUUGAGCUCUUGGCUCCUUCCCUGUCUGCAGCUGUAGCUCUGGUACCUGUGGUCGCCCAGGCACCACCCCCCCUCCCCCCCGCAGAAAAGGCCCAGGCCCCUGCAGUCUCUGGCUGCAGUAAGCCUCUGCUGGUACUUCCUCUUCUGGGGCUUGAGAGGGGACAGGGCGGCUGCCAUGUCAGCCCCUUCAUCAGGCUUAUCCACUGCUGCGUGGGAAAGAGCAAGCAGCCAAGAUACUCAGACCUGCCCUAGGCCUCCAGUCAGCAUGAGCCUGGUGACCGUCCCAGAACCACAGAGGGCAUGGAGACAACUGACCUUCAGGACAUGGGUCCUACAGCGCAGCGUGUGUAAGGGAGAGACAGGGACCCCAACGUUGGAGAGGAGGGUUGUGUGUGCAGGCACAUUGUGUGCAAACAUGCACACAGGUCGAGCAGCGCUGUAGCUGGACAGAACUGUGUGCUGCUUUUCCUUCACUUGGCCAAAGUUUGUUGUAGGUGUGGGCCUAUGUGGAAGGGCCUAGCCGGUCCUGGGCAUUCUUAGAAAUCACUGGGAGGGAGUUCCCAUUGUGGUGCAGUGGAAACGAAUCCGACUAGGAACCAUGAGUUUGCAGGUUCGAUCCUUGGCCUCGCUGAGUGGUUUAAGGAUCUGGUGUUGCCAUGAGCUGUAGUGUAGGUCGCAGAUGGGGCUUGGAUCUGGCAUUGCUGUGGCUAUGGCUGUGGUCUAGGCUGGCAGCCGCAGCUCUGAUUCAACCCCUAGUCUGGGAAGCUCCAUAUGCCAUGAGUGUGUCACAAAAAAGACAAAAAAAAAAAAAAAAAAAGAAAUCACUGUGAGGUAACUUGGAAUCUGCUUUAAAAGAGGUAUGCAGCAGGCCCCUCGUGUAUGAGACAAAGAGUUGACUCCUCUGAUACCAGGGUAAGCUACAAUAGCUACUUAAUCUACUGGCAACAAAGGUUUAAAAAAAUCACCUAGGGGGAGUUUCCUUGUGGUGCAGUGGGUUAAGGAUCCAGUGUUGUCACUGGGUAGCUGCUGUGGCAUGAGUUUGAUCCCUAGCCUGGGAACUGCCUACAUGAUGUGAGGGAGGCCAGUAAGUAAGUGUGUAAAUAAAUAAAUAAAUAAAAUCACCUGGGAAAUUCUGAUAAAAACUGGGAUUGGAGUUCCUGUCGUGGCCCAGGGGUUAACGAACCCGACUAACAUCCAUGAGGAUGCCUCGCUCAGUGGGUUAAGGGUCUGGCGUUGCCAAGAGCUGUGGUGUAGGUCGCAGACGUGGCUCGGAUCCAGCGUCACUGUGGCUGUGGUGUAGGCUGGCGGCUACAGUUCCAAUUCAACCCCUAGCCUGGGAACCUCUACAUGCUGCCAGUGUGGCCCUUGAAGACAAAAAAUAAAUUAAGGAGUUCCCGUCGUGGCGCAGUGGUUAACGAAUCCGACUGGGAACCAUGAGGUUGCGGGUUCGGUCCUUGCCCUUGCUCAGUGGGUUAAUGAUCCGGCGUUGCCAUGAGCUGUGGUGUAGAUUGCAGACGCAGCUCGGAUCCCGCGUUGCUGUGGCUCUGGCGUAGGCCGGUGGCUACAGCUCCGAUUCAACCCCUAGCCUGGGAACCUCCAUAUGCCGCGGGAGCGGCCCAAGAAAUAGCAACAAUAACAACAACAACAACCAAAAAAAAAAAGACAAAAAAAAAAACAAACAAACAAAACAACUGGGACUUAUUCCCUGCACACUGCAACUAAGUCAAGCCUUCUGGGUGUAGGCGUGGGGGAGAAGGUUGUCUUCCUGGAGGGAAUCUGUGUUUGCUUUAAGCUUAGCCCAGUGCUGGAGAGUAUCCACAUCAAACCACCCCAGGGGCAGUUCUAGGACCCUAGCCUGUCUUUCAACUGUGUCUUCUCUGUGCCUACGCUAGUGACAGUUGCUGAGAUCAUGACGACAAUGCCUGACUAGUAUUUCAUUCCUGGAUCCCAGGACAGGAGGAAAAAAAAAACCCAAAAUGCCAAGAUUAAAAAACAAAUGCCGAAGCUUGUGGGCUGCUGUGGUGCCUGCCUCUCUACGUCCACUUCAGGCAGACUGCUGGCUGCUCUCAGAAAAAUGGAAGGUAUCCUCCUAAUUGAAACAGAACUGCCUUCGUGAUGCACAUGCACAGUGCGCGCGCGCGUGUUUUAAUUCCAACAAAGUCCUCUGAGGAGGAAGGGACUCUCAUCCUAUUCCAAGUGCCUGGAACAAGGCAGGAGAAACACACCUGUGAGCAAGCCAGGGGCCAGGUCCCAGCUGCCCAAGCGCGGAAUUGGGUAGGAGACAUUUAGAUAGACUUGUAACCAAGAGUUCCAACUAAGACCAACUCCAGGAAUUUCAAGCCGGGCCCGGGGGAAACUGCACUGAUUCCCAGAUUUGCGAUCAGCCCCAUGAUUUGAAAACCCCAGUUGGGAGCACUCAGCGCAAGCUUCGCUAGAAUCACAGCCGUGGUAGCACUCAGGACAGGAGGAGCGGGGAGCUGCCCCAGCACCUAGGAGGAGAUGUGGCUGUUCUCCGACAAGGGCCAGCAACACAACCGCUCUUAGACUUGGGUCCCUUACGCAUCAUUGUCCAUAACUGUUUAUUGUCUCCCUAAACGCAGUGUAAAACCCAAGCCAGACUGAGAGAUAAGGACGAGGAUACAAUGCCACCUGUUCACAUUUGUUUAAUGCUUUGAGCUUUCUAAUGCCUGUUAACAUGCAUUCUGUCUUCUAGAGCUCACAACACCCCUGCGAGGUAAGUCUGGCAAUCAGUGAUUUGCCUGUGGCCAUGCCAGCCAUCAGGGGCUGAGUAAACCCGGACUGCAGGCUUCUGAGCCCCCAGGUCAAUGCACAUUUCACCUCACAGUACACAGGCUCUUUAUGCCAGCCAGACACGGGGCAGCCAAAGCACUAAACCAGAUGCCUACCCACUCCCUAAACCUGCAGACGGAGUGAGUCAGGACCAAGGGUGUCCUUUGGAGGCCAAGACAGGUCAACACAAGGAAGGGCAGGAGUUCUAGAAGUUCAAAGUCAACAGCCACCACUGCCACCACCCGCGUCUGCAGAGCUUACACUGUGUGCCCUACAUCUUGACCUCUGUCAGGUGAAAAGGCCCUAUUAGUCUAUUCAGAGGACUCUCAGAGGAAGGAAGCUUCACGGCUUGGCUGGGAGGUGAGACCGUGCAGCCCAGGCAGAGGGGGAAGGUGAGGGCUGGCUGACUCAGCCUGCGAGUGCUUCAGAGAUCUGGAGCUGAAAAGGCCCCAGCCCUGUUCAGCUAAUCAUUAUUAUUAACUCUGAACAGGCCUUGGCAUAGCAGCCAGCUGGCUCAGGAAGAAUGCCUGGCUCUCCCACAGUGAGGCUUUAAAAACAAGACCCACAGCAGCCAUGCAUGGGGGUGGAAGGGUGGGGACAAUGAGAAAGAAGGGACAGGAUGGGCCAAUGUCAGGGAGUGGGGAGGGGUAGUCUGCUCUGUAGGGAGGUGGGGGGGGUGAGGCACCAGCUGGCCAGAGACAGCAGCCUACCUCUGAUGGGGCUGAAGAGCCAAGAAGGUGAGCCAGGCAGACUUCCCCAGACACAGAGCUCCUGCCAUUCAACACUACCCCCAGCCGGGGGGCCAAGGGAAGGGGUGGCUAUGGGAAAGAUGGGGGUUCGGGCGUGGUAUCUGAACCCAGAAUGGGAAUCCAAUUACCAUGUGGAUCCGGAUACAAAAAACAUCUAUAUUUCUAAUGUCCUCAAGGUUGAGUUUGAACGUAAUCAUAUUUGGAAUCAGGACUUAGCUUGAAAUGCAAAUGUGUGCAAAAGACAUGGAAUUUUUAAAAACUUGAGCACCCCAGCUUUUUUUUUUUUUUUUU